AUGUCGGAUAAGCAAGCCUCUGCUGGAGCCGAGGGCGGUGCCAGUGCCCCCGAAAGAAAGAAGCCUCAGAAGCUGGGCCAGAAGAAGCCUCAACAACAGCCCACUCCUGAUCAGUCCGAAGGAGACGGCGGUGCUGAGGCUGAGGCUGGAGGAAACGCAGAAGUCGAAGCCGAUGCCAGCGCCAAUGCGGACGGCGAAGAAGACGCCGAACCGGAACCUCAACAACAAAAGUCACGUCAAGCAUCCCAAUCUCGUCGACGCCAAAGUCGUGGUCGCGGCCGCCGCGGACAGGAAAGUGACACAGAAUCAGUCGCUAGAAGUGAUGCCUCUGCAAACGGUGGACGCCGUCAACGUCAGCGUCAGAAGAAGCAAGGAGGCGGUGGUGGUGGCCCCUUGGACGACAUCACUGAGAACGUUCCUGGUGGAGAGUUAGUUGGCGGAGCUGGUGACAUGGUUCAGAACACCGCAGGAAACGCCGUCAACCAAGUCGGAGACACAGCUGGCAAAGCACUUGGUGGUCUGACUGGAGGCGGUCAAAAGCAAGGUGGUGGUGAAGAAGAGGAAGACGGCGGUAAGGGUGAGCAGCUCCGUUUGAGAUUGGAGCUCAACCUGGACAUCGAGAUUCAACUCAAGGCCAAGAUUCACGGUGACUUGACUCUUGGACUGCUGUACGAACUAAAAUCAUUGCUGCUGCUGCACAUACGCUCAAUUUGCGUACGACCAAUGUUGACGACACUUAUAAUGGGAUAUCAUGGAGUUUUGGCACUUGUUGGAUUACCAUAUGUUCACUAUUCUUUCCUUUUUCCACAUCAUGUAAAGUACGUUUAG